AACACCACUAGUAUGUUUCCUGGUAAGAUUUCCUCUCUGAUGGACAGAGUAGAGAUCUAGAGGCCUGCGGUGGCAAAAUGUAAAUAAGGAUGUUUGGACAGACGCAGAACACAGAGAGAUCAAUGAUGCAGAAGCCAAGAAAGCAUUCCUAUCAUUGCCAACACAAAUGGGCACGCAAAGCUUACCCUAAAUGUCCCAAGUGGCAUCGCACUGCUCUGAGACUAAGCUGUACUGUGCUGGUUAUACUCAUUGCCACAGUCAUAGGACUAACUACUUGGGUAAGUCGCCUAAGUAGCGAGAAUGGAACCAAAGAUUGCGAUUGUAUAAAUAUUUCUCCCAGGAAACAGCAGAACAAUACAAACUUCACAACAAAACCAAAGCUAAACUUAUGUCCUAAUAACUGGCUGCAGAAAAAAGGGAAAUGCUAUAAUUUUUUUAAAAACUUUAAAUCAUGGACCGAUAGCCAAAAAUCCUGUUUAAUAAUGAAAUCACAUCUCUUGAUGAUCCAAGACAAGGCUGAACUGGAUUUCAUACAGAAUAAUAUACAAGAUGGAAUCUAUUUUUGGAUUGGGUUGAACAUCACACACCCACAAAAGACAUGGACCUGGCUGGGUGGCACCCCAUUGAAUCUACAGUUAUUUCAAGUCCUGGGCCAGCCUGAAGAUAAUGCCUGUGCUGUGAUAACAAAGAACGGUGUGUUUUCCGAAAAGUGUUGCAAUCAGAGUUUCUGGAUUUGUCAACGCGCGCUUUCUGCAGACACUGACCUCUAAACUGAUCCCAGUUUAUCCUUCCUGUAAAAACCAUUCAAAAGGACUUUUUAAUUUAUGUAUUUUGUUGAAACACAUUACUUUUACAACAAAUAUGGUGAUAAUGAUGAUAAUGGUGUUGAUUUGUGUCACUCUCAAUUCAGGCAAUCAGCCUCAACUCAUCGCCCUAGCUCUACCGGGUAACUGGUGCUAUAUUUCCACAGCUAUCUCCUGUGCAUUAUUGUGGCUAUUUUAGACACAGCUGUCCCUUUGUCUACUCAAUAAUUCUGUCCCCAGGGCACCUGGGCAGCUCAGUCUGUUAAGCUUGGGCUCUUGAUUUGAGCUCGGGUGAUUACUCCGGGUCAUGGCAUUGAACUCUGUGCUGGUGGAGGGAGGAGUCAGCUUGGGAGUCUUUCUUUUUCCCUCUUCCUCUGCCCUUUCUCCCACUCUAAAAAGUAAAUUAAUUAAUUAAUUAAUUAAUUUAAAAAAAUUUCCUACACUUCUCAUUCACCAUUAGCAAAGGAGCUUUUUUUUUUUUUUUUUAAAAAGAAGCCAUCAGAUAGAUGAUACAUUAUUCAUUGACUUUCUACUACUGAGUCUACACAAUUGUCUGCAUCUUAUUUCUUUUUCCUCACUCCCUAUUUCCAACAAAGGGGUAUCCCUCUGUCUGUCUAAAUAAAAUUUCUAAGUGCUACAUUUGGGAUUGCCUCUUUCCAUUUUUUUCUAGGACAGUCCCUCCUCUAUCAUCUCCAUUCUGGUCCCUCUUUUCUUCUGUCUCCUUUUCUUUCAGCAACAAAACAUGCAAGAGCACAAGAAAAUUUUCCCUGAACCACAUGUGGCUUCCAGUUUCUGCCCAGUUUCUCCCACCUCUUUUAAGUCAAACCUCCUAGAAAUUGUUUCUACUUGUACUUUCCUCUUUUCACCUCCCACUCCAGGUUCUUCUAAAAUCUGGUUUCUGCUUUUCCUAUUCCACUGUUCUCGCAACGUCAUAAAUGCCUUUCCUCUGGCGAAACACAAUGAAGAUGUUCUAGCUUUCAUUUUAACUCUCAGCAGUGUUGCUCAUUAUUGACUUGUUCUUUCUUCUAGAAAUAUUCUCUAACCUCAGCAUCUAUGACACAAUGCUCUGUUGAACCUGUAUCUACGUUGCCUGUCGUUGCUCCUCAGUUUUUUCUGGAGGAUCUCUUCUCUCUUCUGAUCUCUUCAGUACUGACAUUCCUCAGAGUUUUGGGUGAAUUCUCAAUCAUACACAAUUCUUGGCUAAUCUCACCCACACUGGAAGUUCUAUUGUCAUAAAUUUAUUGGUAACUUCCAAACCCAUAUUUCUAACCCAGAACUUAUUAUAGGUUUUAGCCACUGGACAUCUCUAACUGGACACCUCAAAGACCCUUAGCCUUCACAUGUUAAAAUGAAACUCAUUAGCUUAGUGAAUGACAGCAACGCGCCCAUUAGUCCAACCAGAGUCCUUGGAGUCAACCAUGACUUCUUUCUUUUCACCCAUGAUAUUCAAACUCUCAUUUCAGCCUGUCAAUUUUACCACAUAAUUAUUUCUGAAUUCAUCUACGUAUCUACAGACCGGUCCUGUGGUUCUGGAUUCCCUCAACACUUGUUUGUCUGUUUCUAGCUUUCCCUGCCAAAGUUCAUUCUCCAUAUCAUGACCACAGAGAUUGUCUAAAUCUGAUAUCAGGCCACAUUACUCACUACGUAUUUCUGUGUAGGGGUUUUUCCUUGCUUAAAUCUUUGACCAUCUCUGACCAGACCCUUUGUGUCUUGGUUCCUCUUCAUUCUCCCCCCCACACCACCAUGAUUGUAAUGAAGCAGAUAACCUAAACUUUAUUCAUUUUCUCAAAUGUGUCAUGCUUUCUCUUGCCUCAUAUCUAAUCAUAUGUUUGGCUUGGCUUGAUAUGCUUCCCUUUCAUUUCUCCUCUUGCUUAUGUUUGAGAAGGCUAGUUAAAUGCAUUUGGUGGAAAAUAUUUCCUUAACCAUUCUCCACUCCAGACUCAAUUAUAUGCAUUUGAUGUAUAUUCUCAUAGUUUCCUGUACAUAUCUUAACAUUUAAUACCCUAUUAUUGGACCAUUGUUCAAUUAUUUGUAUUUAUUAACCUAUUGUAAGCUCUGGAAGGACAUGAUGCUCAUUACUGUAUGGGAGAGACAAGGUGCCUGAUGCAUGAUGGAUGAUAAAUAAGUACUUGUUCUGUUUUUGAGAUUAUUUGUAACAUUUUAUUGUUUCCCCAGCACAGCUUCCUAUUUGUAUAGAGCUUCCCUGCUUCCCUUAGCCUCGGUGAUCAUUAUCUGCCAACUCUUUUUUGUUUUGUUUUUUUCAAUAAAGGUCAGUAUUAGGUA